UUUGAACCCUAAAAUUUCUCACCAAGGAAAAACAGCAAUGUCAUCGUUUUUUGCAACUCCACAACCCCAACAACCUCAGUCAUUGUUUCAACCCCAACAGCAACAAUCACCAUUUCAGCAAAGCAGCAGCCCAUUUUCCCAACCCCAACUGCAGCAGCCUCAGUUACAGUUUCCACAGCAGCAACAACAACAGCAGCAGCAGCAGCCCCUUUUUCUUUUUACUAAUGACAAGACUCCUGCUAAUUACAGCACCAAAUGGGCUGAUCUGCAUCCUGAUUCUCAAAAGUUUCUACUUCAAAUUGAGGAAAGGAUAUUGGAGUAUAGAGAUGAAAGCCAAAGGUUAGAUCAAUGUAGUCGCCUCUAUGAUUCUUCGGUUUCGCAUGAAGGUUUCGAGCAUGAUGCUAGCCACAUCAUUCAGGAACUUGGAGGAAUCACCACUGCCAUGGAGAGGCAGAAAGCUUUGCUGCAGGAAUUGAUGGUUACUGCAAAAGAUAUGUUAAGGAACACAGAGGUUGCUGUUCGUUCUUUCAUGAUGCUUCGGCCACGGUUCCUUCAUUCAAACAUGGGAGGCGCUUCAAAUGCCACUGCACCAUCCCAGGCUCCAGGGGCAGCAACGGCACCAGGUUCAAGUGCUCAACCAGCUGCUACAAGCAUGGUACCCGUUUUUGACUUUUACCAUGGGCUUCCCAAGAAGCCAUCUCCAUUUCUACAGUAUACCAUUGUUAGAUUUGAGAAAUAUUUGGGUGAGUGCCACCAGUGGAUUGAAGAGUUGGAACAGCUUCUCCUUUUGAAUUCGGACAGAAACUCUAUCAAUCAAGCAUCCUCGUUGUUGCAAUCUCUUCCAAAAGUCAUGUCUAAUGUUCAUGACUUUUUUGUUCACGUGGCUGCCAAGGCGGAGAGCAUUCAUCAAUACAUUGAAUCAAUGAAAACAGCAUAUCUUGCUGAUCACCGUCGUCGAGGAGAUGUUAAUGAUCCUUUUCUUGAUGCUGAUCGGAGAGAAACUGCUAAGCAAGAAGCUGCUGCUAAGAGGGUACAUCCAACCUUGCUUUUACCUGCAAAUUCUCAAACAUCAACUCAGGUUGCUGGGUUGCUUGCUGGCUCAGCAGCCUCUCCUGCAGCAGCCUCUGCCCCUCAGACAUCUGCAGCUCCAUCGGCAGCUUCUUCAGGAGGUGGAUUGUCUCUUUUUAGUACACCAUCUUCAACUCCUGCUUCUUCCAUGUCAUCUUCUCUGUUUGCAACUCCAACCACAGGUGCUUCCAUCCAAACAUCCCUCUUCAGCUCCUCAUCAGGAUCUCUCUUUGGAUCUGCAUCUACUCCCUCUCUUUUUUCUAGUAGCACACCAGCUUUUGGCUCAACUGCAUCUGCUGGAGGUUCUUUUUCAAUACCAUUUGCUUCAGGUGCUCCAACAGGAUCCGGUGCUAGCUUCGGGGCUGCAUCUAAAUCAUCAAGGCCGAAAUCCCGAACUGCCCGGCGUUAGUCAUAGCUUUAAUAAGGAAAUCACGGAACUGCCUUCUGUUCUCACAUAAAUUAUCCUUUGCACAUAAAGGUGACAGUUCCUCUGCCCAUUGUAUUCCUUUAAAGUGCAGUGCCAUUAGCUCUGGACGGGCUUAUUGACAGGCCGUACCAGCAGUCCAGAAGUGAUGACAAUUCUCGAUAUGGCCUACGGGUUAUUCCGUUGGGUCUUUUGCCCCUAACGCUCUAUAAUGACUAGACUCCACCCACUUUCACCUUGUUAUGGGACCCGACCCAAUACCCAUCUGUUCU